AUGUUGCGGUUUGCCAACGGCUGGGGAGUGGUGUUUUUGCUGCUGAGGGUGUCAGCGUUGGAGUUUGGUUCUACAGGGGAGCUGUACCAAGAGCUGUUGCGUACGGAGUGCUACACGCUGGUGUAUGUGUAUGCUGUGGGUUGCCAUUGGUGCCAGAGGCUGGAUCCGCAGUUUGACAGGCUGGCAGCGCUGUUUGGUCGGGAUGCGGUGCAAUUUGGCAGGAUAGAGGGGAGGAGGUCGAGGAACUUCUCGCGGGACUUCAACGUCGAGUCGUAUCCGCAGCUGCUGCUGUUUGCGCCCGGACGGCCGGGCGACGGGCUGCUUCCGCAAGAUCUGCUGAUGGGCGUGUACCACGGUCCGAUGGAGUUCACGGCGAUUGCGCAUUAUGUGGGAGAACAGACGGGCCAGAUGCCAGAGUGGCCGCAGGCCCGCGGGAACACGCUGCAGCUGGCUGACGGCGAGUCUCUGGAGAAGCUCUACAGGCAGCUUAACGGGCGCUGGCGGCGGGCUCUGGGCCUGCCGCUGGCGCCGCGGUCCGGGCUCGCCAGCAGCCCUGUGGUACUGUUCUUUGUGUCGCCGUGGAUGGGCUCCCGACAUCGAGAGCUGUUUCUCCAGGACCCGGCGAGCAACGCGAUCGGGCAGCUGGGCAAGCAGGGCGGGCCCAGCGCCCAGCUGUGGACGGUUGACUGCACGCGAGAGCAGUGGUCGGGGCUCGUCAACGAGUUCCGAGUCUCUGGCGCGCCCAAGGUGUUCAUACUGCCGCAGAGCGACAACGAGAACGGGGCCGUGGUGGCCGUGGAUCUUCUGGAGUACGAUCGACAGGUUUGGCAGCACGAGCUCGAGCUGCUGUCACGGCUGCUCGACGCGGCCGUCGGGGAAGACCACCGCGCACUGAGCAGUAUGUCGCAAGAGUUCCACUCGAUAAACGUGUACGAUUCGCUUCAGGACAUGCAGCUACAGUUCAAGAAGGAGCGGGAUCGAUCGAUAGACGACGGCGACGGUGGCGACGACCAGGUCGUGGAACAGCUCGUCGCCCGUAUACGUUGUAUGUAG